AUGUCUUCCACUGGGCUGAAAAGAGUCUCACUGGGUGAGACUGCCGCGUUAGGGAGUCUGUAUGAUGCACGCACCGACUCCUUUUUAGCGCUUUCAUUGAUGAACGGCUCGCUUCCAGAGCCCGCCGUCACCAGAGAGGCAUGUCCUUUUUCACGAUCGAGCGUUGUCGAGACUCAUGACCUCAAAUACAAAUUCAACGCUUUCGGAGUGGAGCCUCAUCUGGGAGCCAGCUUGCUCUCUGGACUAAUCGUCCCUUCAGGCUCUGCAGCCUCUCUUCUGGAUCGACAUGAGAGCAACUUCAACGUCCAAAUGUCCCUGCAACAUGUCGUCACCACAUUCAGGGACAAAGUCAACUUUACAAGCCCUGAACUCCAGCAGUAUAUUUCCCGAGAGAAUAUACAGCUAAGCCAUGCUACACAUGUUGUCUCGGAGAUCACAUGGGGUAAUCGGAGCAUCCUCACAGCAAACUAUCAGAGAUCCGCUGGUGAAGAUGAGGGUGCUGUCAGAAGGCUAUUACGGGAGGAGUAUGGCAAAGUUGAACAAAACAUCUCCGACCAUGAAACCUUGGCUGCGGACUUGCAUCGAUUCCGUGACUUAAGCAAGUCGCUUCGGGUCCAUCUCCACACAGACUUGUCGGAAAGCAACCCGAUACAGAUCGAUCUGAAGGGCGCCUGUCAGUUCCUGCGAAAUAUGCCAAAUCAUCUGUUGGAUGUGAAUGAAGGUCGGGGACAGCCUGUCAUCUACAUGCUCCUCCCGGUCCAAUGGCUCUCGCUGAUUCUGUCCUUCGAGCUCACGGCCGAAAACAUGAUCGUCCAGCCUAGCGAGGACCACUUACAAGACUAUAUGAAAAUGUUUGAAGGGAUCAGAGGUGCUCAGAGACGACUCGAAGAUUACUGGAACUAUCUUUCUCUUCGGCGGGCUCUCGUGCCGGAGGAACAUGUCCGCGAGGUCUCCGAGUCUUUGGAUCGUGCGAGGAAAGCAGAAGAUGUGCUAAGGGUGCAAUACGGCAAUGCUCUACGCCAGCUUCGAAAUGGUCGGACUGGUCUGAAACAGCUGGCCCAAGAGCUUGACAAAUUUGCGAAUGACCAAUAUUCCCCCGUUCAGCUUAGUGCUGUGGCAGACAUUUAUGCUCGAAAGCUGGCUUUCAUUGACCAAGCGACAACCCAUGGAGCAAAUUACUUCUCAAACGAUGGUGCAAUGCCCACGCCGCGCGGUGAUGUGUACACUCUUUACUUCAGCGGCACUGUCAUGGACGAUAAUGCGACAUGGGGUCCCAAUUCGCGUCUGCUCUUCAACUUACUCCAGGAACGGAACGCCCAAAAGUCGGUUCGCAUUGUAGACUGUGACCGGAGCGGCCGACCUAUCAAGAAGUCUAACAUCACAUUCCAUCGUGAUGGCAACCUGGUCACUAACGACUUCAAGAAACUCCAAGAUUUCCUGGGGGACAAAUGUCUAAUGCAUUUCGAAGAUACCCAUCUCGAUACUUGGGGGGUGAAGAAACCCAUAGAUCGGAAGCCUGUCAGACUGCCCUGUCCAGGGAGAAAUUGUGAGCCACGAGCACAGCAUCAGUGGAUCUGUUCUCGAUGCUACUCUACCAUCGACUAUGGCAAAAGAGAUCACUAUUUGUAUUGCGACUGUGGACGUACCAAGUACCGCUACUGGAGUUUCAGGUGCAAUGCACAGUGCCAUGGACCAAACUUCGAGCGACGUGAAGACCGUCAACUGUUGCAAUUGCUUGAUGCUAUGGAUCCCUUUGAAGAGGUCAAUAUCUUGAUCCUUGGCGAGACAGGUGUCGGCAAGAGCACAUGGAUUAAUGCCUUCGUAAACUAUCUCACCCACAGCACUUUGCAAGAAGCGAUGGAUGCCACUCAAAUAGAGCACGUCAUUGCAUGUUCGUUUGCGACCCAGACAAUCGACGAGCACGACCCUCAUAAGAGACUUAUUCAGAGGAAGAUUCAAAUCGGUGUGGGAGACGAGUUUGAACACGACGCAUCUGACGGCCAUUCAGCCACCCAAAAGGCUGUAACGUACCCUAUCUUCGUUGAUUCGGUGAUGGUGCGCUUGAUUGACACCCCCGGUAUCGGUGACACCAGAGGUCUGGAUCAGGACAAAGCCAACAUGGCCGACGUUCUGUCAGUCCUGAGCAACUACAAGGAGCUGCAUGGCAUUCUGAUACUGCUCAAGCCAAACAAUUCUCGAUUAAACGUGAUGUUCGAAUUUUGCAUCAAGGAAUUGCUAACCCAUUUGCAUCGCAAUGCUGCGCGCAACAUGGUGUUUGGUUUUACCAAUACUCGCGGUUCGAAUUACCACCCUGGUGACACCUUUAUACCACUUGAGGCGGUGUUGAAGCAGUUUAGAGAUGUCAACCUUGGGUUGUUUCACGAUACGGUCUAUUGCUUCGAUUCGGAGAGCUUUCGCUACCUAGCGGCUCAUAAGCAACAGGUCAACCUGGGCAGCUACGAUGACUAUUUUCGAAGUUGGGAGCAGUCUGCUACCGAAUCUCGGCGAUUGCUCGAUUACAUCCGGCAGCUAGAGCCUCAUCAAACGGAGAACACUCUCAGUCUGAACGAGGCUCGACGCCUGAUCCUUCAGUUGACCAAACCCAUGGCUGAGAUAGCGCAAAAGAUCAAUGAUACCAUCGAACUGAACCAACGAGACAAUGAGCUCUUACGAAACAGCAAAUUGAGCAAGGACGAAAUGCUGAAGAAGCUAGACGUGCAGCAAAAUUCGGUGGUCUUCAGCCCAGUCACUCGCCCAAAGACGGUCUGCACCAAUGCGAGAUGCAUCGAGAAAGUUGACACUCCCGGCCCAAAUGGAGAGGAUACUAUACACAAAAGGCCGUGUCACAACCCUUGCUGUUUGACCAAUGUUCCGGUUGAGAAAGUGGGAACUCCAGAAUUGGUGAGGUGCGCGGCGUUCGCGGGCUCGCAGCAUUGCAAAGGUUGCAGGCAUCAUUGGACAGAGCACAAGCAUAUUCUGUACGAACACAGAGAGACCAAGAAGACCAUCAAAGACCCGAAAGUGGAGAUGCUGUUGCAAGACAAUGCCAAGGUCACCACUGUAAUCGAGGCUGCAAUCAGGGCGAAAGAGGCGACAAUCGCAGAAUUCAGACACGAACAUAGAGAAAUUCAAAGGGCGGCAGUUCAGUUCAGCCUUUGGCUCAAGCACCAUUCCAUCACGCCGUACAACGACGCUACAUUGGAGUACCUGGACCAUCUUAUCAAAGAGGAGAAGUCCAAGGUUGCGAUUGGGGGCAAGAGGCAACGCCUUGAUGCCUUCGAACAGUAUCGUCGCGAAUAUAAGGAGCUUGUCAACCUCUUCGAAUCAAACCUUGAUCAGGGCAGAAACGAAGAGCUUUUGGAUGCGACGGGCGUCGACAAGCUCGUGAAACAAUUGUAUUCUCUGAAGCAUUACGGCGCGGACCUCCGCAAGCUACGGGAUACCGUGGUAAUUGCUCAUAAUGCCUCGAUUCGUGAGAGACCAUACCGUGUCAACGUGAGAAGAGGGGUUGGGAUAUCCGUGAUCGGAAGAUCGACUUUUCAGACCUCGAUCAGAACCCGCGCUGCAUCAAACGCCAAUGAUAAAUUGCCUUCUAUAAGCCGAAAGCCUGUGCCUUCGGCUUUGGCAAUGACUGACGAGAAGCAAGCCGUCGGAACAGAAAACGAAGCGAACUCUCUGGCUGGUAAAAGGCAUGUAAGUCUGCCCGAGGGAAACAGCUCGGCUCCUCCGCCAUCCUAUUUCGAAGCCGCUGUGGCUCCUCGGAACUUGCAUGAGAGAACAAAGAGCAAACGCAGAAUGGCUCGGUCGUUGAGCGGCAGGCUCACUGACAAGGUGUCGUCGAUUUUUAGAUGA